GCCGUUAAAACAUAAACCACACAGAAAAAAACACGACGACCAACCAACAACAACAACAAGAAAAAUGUCCGCGACGGCGAUUUUCUCUCUAACGAACUCUAAUGCCGUCUCCACCGUAUUCAGCAAUCGUAAACUCCAUUGCAGGAACUCUGUAGCUAAACCCACUUCGAGAUAUUCACCAUCUUCUUCUUCUCUUGCUUCUCGAUUCUCCCCAUUGAUUUCACCAACUAGGUCCUUCACCACUUCUGUAUUCAAGAGAUUCAACACUCUCAUGGAGUGGCAAGAAUGCAAAGUGAAGAAGAAGGUGGACGUGCCUGUAUCAGUUGCAUACGGUCUCUACUCCGACCGAGAAUCGAUUCCUAGGUGGAUGACUUUCAUUUCCUCCGUAAAGGUACUCAAGGACAAAUCAGAUUUGUCUCGGUGGACUUUGAAGUAUUCAGCGUUUGGUCAGAAUCUUGAGUACUCUUGGCUCGCUAGGAACUUGCAGCCACUCCCGAACCAGAAAAUACACUGGAUUUCUCUAGAAGGCCUUCCCAACAGGGGCACGGUUCGGUUUUUCCCGCAAGGACCUUCAUCAUGCGAAGUAGAAUUAACUUUUGCGUACGAAGUUCCACUGCUACUUAUACCAUUUGCAACAGCGCUUCAACCGCUGAUGCAAGGAAUGAUUAAGGAUAGUUUGGAGCUAUUUGCAGAGAUAGCAAAAAGCACAAAGACAACUUAGUUAUACAACAAAACAUCAAAAAUUAUCCAGAUUACUGCAUUGUUCUUACAAGGAAUUUGCACAGAGACAUCAUUGUUGUGACGACAGAGUUACCAUAUUUAUUUUUUUAUACAGUAGUGUUCAUAAACGACUUUAUACACAACAUUUUAGUCCAAAGACAUGAGUUUGCCUGAUCACAAACCAAAAUGUAAUUGUUGACCAAUGAGUGACUAUUUGGAAUUUGGUUGUGGUUGAAGAUGCC